AUGCCAUUAGAGCUUUCAUACGCUGUCGUUGGGGUUUGGAAGGUACCCCAAUGGUCUCUGCUAUGCAGCGUCCUCGCAACGUCUUUGUCCGUUUUUUCGUCUGAGGAUGAUUUCCUGAAAGGUUUGUCUCGUGAAGCCUGCGAUAUAGAUGGAGUUUUCUAUCGUGCGUUCCACUGGAAUCUUGACUUCAGUGAGGAAGAGGAACCCUCCAUGGUUCCGGUUUGGAUUGUGCUCCCAGGUUUGCCUCCUAACUUCUAUCAUGAGUUGUUUUUACGUAUUUUCACUGCUCCUAUUGGCAAGUUCAUCAAAAGAGACAAUCCUACCCGAUGUGUAACUCGCACAGAUGGAGCUCGUCUAUGUGUGGAGAUGGAUGUGGCAGUUCAACCUAUCCCCUUUUUCUGGAUUGGAGUCCCUGGUAUGCCCUCAAGCCGCAAACAAGAAAUUAUUUAUGAAACUCUACUUGCUUUCUGUUGUAGAUGCAAAGUGCAGGGACAUAAUUCCCGUACGUGCCGUGUUAGGAAGGCUGUGAAUGGGGAGAAGACUUGGGUUUGGCAAAAACGUGUUACUAAUGGAGAGGAUCUGAAGGAUAAGACCCCUGAGAUUGAGGUGGUUCAGCAAGCUACGGUUCAGAAUGAGUUUGGGAAGGAACUAGAGGCAGGGGGUCCGUCGAGUAUACAACAGGAUAAGAGUUUGGUGGUGUCUUCUGAGGUGGCUGGUCAUACGAGUUCUGGGAAAAUUCUUGAUGAGUUCUAG